AUGAAGAACUGACUUGCUUUCUCAAGUGGCCCUCAUCCAGGAUGGACUGAAGUUUCGACCUCGCCUAGGUAUUAUGCUGUUGCUGAGAGUAAUCAUACUAAUGAUGAAUAUAAUGAUGCUGAGGAUAGUGGAGAUAAAUAUUAUGCUGCUGGUUAUGAUGAUGAUUAUACUGUUGCUGCUGCUGAUAAUAAUAAUAAUAAUGGCGAUAGUGAUUAUGAUUAGUAGUCGUAGUCGUAGUCGUAGUAGUAGUGUUUGUAUAAUUUGUAUUAUGUUACUGAUGGUGGUAAUGAUGGUGAUGGACGAAUGCUCAGCCCAUUUUUAA